UUCUUUCCCUGUCCCUCCUUCUAUCCUCCCUGUUUCUGUCGCUCUUACAUACUUCUCUCUCUCGGCUCCACCACCUCCUCCUCCUCCUCCUUUACCUCCUCCUCCUCCUCCUCCUCCUUUACCUCCUCCUCCUUUACCUCCUCCUUCUCCUUCUUAUACAUAGUAUACUGACUCCGCUAUUUCUAAAAACGUAACGCAAUCGUGGCGACGUAUGCGAGGAGCGCGCCAGAGAAACCACGAGUGAGAAGGCGCGACGCACGAACAGCGAGUUGUAUUAAUUACGAGAUAAUUGUGCGAAAAAUAAAAAGGCAAAGUGAUAUAAUAGUGAAUAAUUGAAAAAUCAGCGUUAACGUUGUGCAAAACCAAAACGUGAAAGGACUACUGUUGUUUUGAAUCUUAAUUGCAACGUCGUCUGUCUCUUGCUCGUUUACGUUUAACGAUCACUUUUUCUUUCCGUUUCCCUCUCUUUGCAAUACCUUUUUUGUUUUUGUAUCUUUUUCUAUUUUCGCGUGACCGCCAUAGGAGUAAUCAAGUAAUUGCGAUGUGUGAUAAUACUAACACGACGACGCAGAGUAUAGCGGACUACCUGUCACAGUUACUAAAAGAUCGAAAGCAGUUAGCUGCUUUCCCUAAUGUCUUCAUACAUGUAGAGCGCCUACUAGACGAAGAAAUCGCAAAAGUGCGGGCAAGUCUUUUCCAGAUUAGUGGCGUCAAAAAAGAGCCACUAGUUCUGCCGGAACCAGAGGGUGAUAUCACAACGCUUACGGAAAAAGUUUAUGUACCUGUUAAAGAACAUCCAGAUUUUAAUUUCGUUGGAAGAAUUCUUGGACCACGUGGUAUGACAGCUAAACAGUUAGAGCAAGAAACAGGAUGUAAAAUUAUGGUUAGGGGAAAAGGUUCUAUGAGGGAUAAGAAGAAGGAAGAGUUAAACCGAGGUAAACCAAACUGGGAACAUCUGACAGAUGAACUGCAUGUUUUAUUGACAGUUGAGGAUACUGAAAAUCGUGCAACUUUGAAACUUGCCAGAGCUGUAGAAGAAGUGAAGAAACUUCUUGUUCCCGUGCAGGCUGAUGGAGAGGAUGAAUUAAAGAAGCGGCAGUUAAUGGAACUUGCUAUUAUCAAUGGAACCUAUCGGGAUUCUAACACGAAAGUCGCUGCAGUUGCAGCUUGCGAUGAAGAGUGGAGACGUGUUGCAGCAGCAGCGGCAGAAACACAACGGCUUCUUCCAGGCUUGGCCACACCUAUGAGGACACCUAGUGCUCCGUUGGGAGCUCCGUUAAUACUCUCGCCACGGAUAUCUGUCCCAACCACCGCGGCAUCUCUUCUAAACGGUUCGGGUCCACCAGGAUCUCUUCUUUCUGCCGGUGAUCCCCAUGGUUUAAUUUACACGCCAUAUGCCGAUUAUGCCAACUACGCAGCCUUAGCAGCCUCGCCUCUCCUCGCGGAUUACACUACUGCUGAUAAUUCUGGUGCAGCAGCCGCUGCGAAACAACGUAGACACUUGGGUCAGAUUCGCGAGCACCCUUAUCAAAGGGCUGGUGCUUUGUCGUGAAUCCGGAGAGCGCAAUCACAAUACUGUACGCGCCUCCGUGAAAAGGCUUGGAGUGCUAACAAUGGAAUCCACUCGCCCCGUGCUAACACCUGGACUCUGGAACAACAUCCGCGUUCGAUCGGUUCACCAACCAGAUGACCACCUUCGCCGUUCGCAUCACCAGCCCUGUUGUUCGUCAAGUUUAUCCAUCCUGUACCCUCUUCGUGUCUUUAAAAUUGUACAGCCUUGUUUAAAUUGCUUUGCUCGUUCCGCUAGCGUUCAUUUGUGCUGGCGUUUCCAACGUCAGACAGGUAAUUAAGUCUCUGAUUAUGAGUUACUUACCGACGAAAAAGGAUCAAUUUUCAACAAAAAUCAAUCUGUAUCAUGAUGCUGGAAUAUGCGACAAAUAAUCAAUUAGGAUCAUAAUUAAUUGCAUCUUUAUUUUUAACGCAAACGAAGCGAUAAUUUUGUAACAUUUUUUAUUUACAAGCAAAAUCAAAAUUAUUUCGGUUCUACUGCAUAAAAUGAAAUUUGAGAAAUUUGCUUGAAUUUCAAUGAAUCACCACUAUAAAAUUAAUGCAAUACCAACAUAAUUUACUAUCAAUUCUUUUGCUUCUUAAACAUAACUAUUUUGCCAAGUACAGAGUUAUUCGACUAUUAUCUUUACGUAUGUACCAUCAUCAUUUUUUCAUGUUAAAAUACUAACUUAUUUAUUAUUAAAAUAUUAAAUUUCAAAUUUUUUCCUAUAAAAUGUUUCAAGGCGUGAUAUAACUAGAAAAUAAUAGAUUUUCAACAUUACUAAAUUCACAAUUAUUAUUCAUUGAAUAAUCUACAAAAAAUUGCAUAUAUAUGCAUAAUUUGCAACGUGUACAAUACGUGUAAAUAGUACGUAUCUAUAGAAAUUCUUCAUACACCAUUAUGAAUUAUAUUCGCUAAAUUUGUGACAUCUCGUAAUGUGGAACAAUAUUACCUAUCUCUCAGGUAUCGUUCUAUUUAUCUUCUUACUGUUGUUAUUUCUUCUUCAUUUGUUUUACGAAUUUUUAAUACCUUAUAAUUUCUGAUUCCAUUAUAUCUAUAGUACUCCUAGCUGAAUAAUGUUCUAAAGGCGAUUAACUCGAUACUACUUUAAUUUAAUUGAUAUUUACGAAAAAUUAAAAUUUCAUGUACAUAUGUUAUACAUUUGUAUAAUGAAUAAGUAAGAAAUAUUCAAAAUUCUUGCAAACUAUUUUUCAAAUUAAUUUAUUAGUAAUAUAAGAAUCUCAUUUUUCUGUUAUAUCACACCUCUUAAUGAUCUAUAUACUAAAAAUUCAUUUUAAACAAUAUACAUGUUUCUAUUUAGAACAGUUUAUCACAAAUUAUAAAAUGAAGUUUUCUGCAUAAUAGCUAUAUCAAUUUUUUAGUACUUACGUCCUUAUUAGAGCAAUAAAAUGAAUAGGGAGAGAAAAGGGGCUAAAAAUUUAAAUAACAUUAUGUAUUUUAUAUAACUUAGAAAAUAAUAUAUCCACAUGUAAUAGGUGCAAUAUAAAAUCAAAAUUUGUUUUCAUUUUGAUACUUUUUAACUGAAAUUGAAUAGUUUAACCCGCGAAGAAAACAAUUCUCUGAAUAAAAAUUUAAGAAUAUUUUUGUUUUAAUGUUAAGUGAGAGCUAUUUACAGAGAUAAAGUUUUAUACCAAUAAUAGCAUGUUAAAUAAUUGUUAUAUUAAUAGACGAUGAACUAUAACAUAACACAAAAAUGUAAAAUUUUAUAUGUCAAAUUUGAUUAUAAGUAAGACAUUUACUACUUUGUAUCUAACUUUCUGAAUUUACAACUCGUUAAUUUGAUCAAGAAAUGCUAAGAAAAUCAAAAUAUAUUUGAAGAUAUUAAUUAAGUAUUAAGAAUAUAAAUGUUUCUUUAAAUACAUAUAUUAGUUUGUUGUGUGGCUAGGAAGAAUCUCCACUUUUUAACAAAGAGAUACAUAAUGUAAUAUUUUAUUAUCUUAUAAUUUGAAAAUUCUGUUAUGUAAUAUUACGGUGCAAUUUACUUGUAAAAUAAUAGACUUUGAUCAGUUAUUGAAUAUUUUCAAUUUUACUUAUCUAGAUAAAUUCACAAAGAAACCAUUUAUUUUUCUUUCCUUUUUAUAAAUGCAGAUUAGGAAGGGUUGUUUAUAAAAACGAUAUUCCUAUAAAUGAUGAGCAAUUUAAUUAAGACAAAGAACAGCAUAUGGUAGUUGUUUACUACCUGCAUCGUUAUUUGGAAUAUAUCUACAUUUAUAAUGUUAUAUAAUGAAGUUAUCUAUAUAUAAUAGAAGAGAGUGUUUAUAUGUGAGAUUGAUUUAUUUACCAGUCAAUAAUAUCAUUUAGAUAUACAAAUAAUAUUCUGUUAAUCAUUUAGAUUUGCCAUAUGUACAUGUAAUAAGAACUUUCUAUCAUGUUCAUUUGUGUAUAUUUGAUGAUCUGUGUAACAUGUUUGUACUUUAAACAAGCAUUUUGAACAUUUUCAACUAUAUAAGGACAAACAACUAUUACUUUGUGUAAAUAGAUUAUAUUUCAUGAUCUAAUUGUACUAAGAGUGAUCUGAAUUCUACUUAAGUUUAUAGCUUAAAGCAGUAUAUCCACUAUAUUUUAAUACAAUAUGUAAUUCAAAAUAAUGAUGCAAAAGAAACACAGAUAUUUUACAAAACUACAUACAUAUGUAGGAGCGGGGGAAGUUGAAAACUGAUGAAACUUUUGCCGUGUAUUUAGUGCAAUGAUGAUAUCAUUAAUAUAUACAUAUAUACAUAUAUAUAUACACGCAUGUAUAUAUGUAUCUAUCUUUGAGUCACACAUAAAAUAAUAACGUAAAAAUAUAUACAUAUUUUACUUCUUAUUUGGUCUUAUAUAAAUGUCCUGGUUUUGAAAAUCACUAAAAUAUAUUCUUUGAUAUUUUAUGUCGGACUUUAAUAUUGAGUAAAAUAUAAUAGUGCAUUAAAUAUUAAUUACCCUUUUUAAAUAAAAAAUAAUACAGAUUACUUUUAGUGAAUGAUAUUAAUUACUGAUUAUGUAUUAAAAAUCUAUAUAUUAUUUGAUUGGAAUGGUAAUUAUAUGAUCAAGUUUUUAUCAUACUUUCCCUUAAUAAUAAAGGAUUUAUAACUGCAUCAUAGGGAGUAAAAGUGUUAUAAAUUUCAAAAAUUAAAAUGAUUUCUUUACAAUAAUCAUUAUAUAAUAUUCGACAACUUCUAGCAAUCUCAAACAAAAGUUCUUUCUUCUAUUUUUUCUUCUAUUAAGACUUUUUCUUCUAUUUUCUUAGAAACAAAAAGUUUUUAAUCUUACGUACAUAUAAAUAUAUCAUAUAUAGAUUAUGAAAUACUUACAUUCAUAUGUAUCGUUACUAGAUCCAAGACGUUUGAUAUGUAUCUUAAAUUCGGCAAAAUUGUCUCUAUUUUUUAACUUUCCCUUUUAAUAUUAAACAAAUUAUUAUAUGUAUUCAUUGACUGUUUAUAUGUAGAUGAACUUACAUAUUUUUUAAGUCUUAUACAGUUGCAGGUACAUACACAUGUUACAAAAUACGCAUACAAAAUUUUAAAAACGUAAAAAACAUAAUUUAGAAAUAAUAAUAUGAUAUAUCAUACUAUCACUAUGAUAUAUUGUUCUCAUAUGUGAGACAUUGUUUUUGAAAUGAAUGUAUGAUAUAUAGUCAUUAAUAUUUAAUCACAGUCAGAGAAUUAACAAUGUAUUUUUUCAUUAUAUUUGGAAAACUGUAACUUCGAAAUGUUAAUAAUAUUAUCAUUAAUAAUCUAUUUACUAUUAAUAACCAGUCAUGGCAAAAACUAGUUAAUAUUUGUUUAAUUCUAUAGUGUUUUAAGUUUGGUAACAGUAUGUAACAUAUAUAUAUAUAUAUAUAUCAAAAUUAUUUUAAUUGGAUUAGAUUAUUUAAAAAUAUUUGACAUUGAGAUCAAGGAGUAAAUAUUAUUUAUAUUCACAAUACUUAUUCAAAUAACAUGUAUAUGUACCUUUAUAUGCAUAUAUGUAUGCAUACAUAGAUUUAUAUAUGUAUGUAUGUAUACAGUUUUGUUAUUAAGAAUAUUUGUAUUUACUAUUUACGUUUAUUACAAUAGUUGCUUAAUUCUUGUCAAAAUUUAUAAAAUGAUUUGUUUUAUAUUUUAUUUUAUUGUUGAUAUUUCUGUCAACAAUGCAAGAUAUGUAGCAAGUAUAGGUCAAAAUAUAAAAUAAUUUUAUUUUCAAA